UCCUCGGCCCUUUGUGGUGCGAAGCAGAAUUGGACCAGCAUCAUCAGCAGAGUGCCGGCAAUCAGUCUGGCGCCGGUGACGACCUCGAGAUCAAGCCCGGCAUCGCGGAGAUGAUUCGGGAGGAGGAAAGGGCCAAGUUGUUGGAGUCGUCCCACGCUUGGCUCGGCGCCUCCACCUCCAGUAUAGCAGCAGACAGCUACCAGUACCAGCUACAGUCCAUGUGGCAGAAGUGCUGGAACACCAACCAGAGCCUGGUGCACAACCUGCGUUUCCGGGAACGUGGACCCCUCAAGUCCUGGCGGCCGGAGACCAUGGCGGAGGCGAUCUUCAGCGUGCUGAAAGAAGGACUCUCCCUCAGCCAAGCGGCAAGGAAAUACGAUAUCCUCUACCCGACGUUCGUCCUGUACGCGAAUCGAGUGCACAACAUGCUGGGUCCUAGCGCCGACGGCGGGGCCGAUCUGCGCCCGAAGGGACGAGGAAGACCGCAGAGGAUCCUGCUGGGCGUCUGGCCGGACGAGCACAUCCGUGGUGUGAUUCGCGCGGUGGUAUUCCGCGACGGGCACUCGCCCCACAUCGUCAAGGAGGAGCCGACCACGAUGUACCCCAGCCUGGCGAACUACGCGGCCUGCAACGGCCCGGAAAGCGCGGUCAGUCCGGGUGCGGCAGCAGCGGCUGCGGUCGCGGCGGUCGCUCAAGGUUUGCGACACCAGAUGUGCAGCAUGGUGGCAGCGGCGCACUCGCAGCAGCACGACAUGAUGGCGACGAACCUGUCGACGAACCUGUCCACCAGUCUGUCGUCGAAUCUGCAGGCGGCGAUGCAGGCCAGUCAGCACCACAACAACAACAACACGAGCAGCAACGCGAGCGGCAUCCUCGAUCGCGGUUUUCCCUUCUGA